AUGUCUUCAUCUCUGGCUACAGUUUCCACCUUUGUGGAAGGAGCUCCCCCGGGAGAGCUUGCGGAUGUCAUAGCAGAUAUCAAAGCCCUUACGAUCGAUACCCCCACACUCGUGUCCCAACUAGGACCUGCGUUCGAGAAAUACAACGAAGAACAAUUCGCGACGGUCAAGCUGCCUGGUAGCAGUCAACAUGUCAUAGUCAGCUCGCAUAACUCUCUGGGGGACGGAAGAUACUACGAUGUCGAGAGCUCGUCCAGUUUCCAAUUCGAUCACAGCACACAGAAAGCAAGUGCGGUACAAAGCUACGUUUUGGAGAGCAGCCAAUCAGAUUUAGUGAAGUCUCUCUCAAAGAGUCUAGGAUCGCAUGUGAAAGAGCACUUCCCAAAUGCAUCAUACGGCGUUUAUCCGAUCGAAAACGACUCGAAGGUUGCCAUACUGGUGGUGGCUAAUAAAUACAGCCCAAAUAACUUCUGGAAUGGCCGAUGGCGAUCACUUUACAUUUUCGACCCCGCCUCCUCGUCUCUCUCUGGAGCCAUCAAAGUCGAUGUACACUACUACGAAGAUGGAAACGUCCGACUUCUCACCAACAAGCCAGUUUCGGCCUCUGUCUCCUCUGCAUCUGCAAGCACAAUAAUUCGGGAGAUCACUGUUGCGGAGAAGAAAUACCAGGAAGAAAUAAAUAAGGGAUUCAACAAUUUGAGCGAGGGCGCAUUCAAAGGACUGAGAAGACAAUUACCGAUCACCAGGCAGAAAAUUGAGUGGGAUAAGAUAUCUGGCUACCGUCUUGGGCAGGACAUUGGAGGGGGAAGCAGCAACAAGAGAUAG